CCGUGUACGUACACGUUCGCUCGGCCUCCUUUUCCCCUCGCCGUCGCUCCCUCGCUCAGACCGACGCGCACCGCCGCCUCCCACCAGCAUCUCCUUCUGCCGCCGCCGCCGCCUAACUCUCUCCCUGUGCCGGAGGCCCAGCUCUCCGCAGCGUCUCUUGUUCCUCCCCUGCAACGACUCCAGCCUCCGACUGCACGCGCGAAGCCCUCCUCCGAACUUGACAUCGACACCGGCGCCGGCGAGGCGAGACGACCAGCCGGGUGUCACUUGCUCAAAUUCGUUCAGAUCGUAACUAGGUCCUGACAGCGAAUCCCUGUCUAGCUAGCUGCCUCGCUCUCUCCCUGCGCCGUUUAGAGCGAGGAGGUGGAGGCGAUGGGGACCAUGACGAUCGGUGCCAAGUACAAGGCCACGCUCAAGGACCGCGGCACCGGCGGCGUCCUCCGCAUGAGUGAAGAUAAGUUAACAUUUACUCCUAAUGAUCCACGCUCACUAAUGAAGCUCAGUGUCGAUUUUCGGACCAUCAAAGGCCAUAAGUUCAACAAGGUAGAUGGUAGCAAACCAACACCGGCAUUAUUGAAUCUUUCAAAAGAUUCUGACAAGGGGGGAGGCUAUAUUUUUGAGUUUGAGAAUGUUGGUAACCGUGAUUUGUGUCGCGACUUUGUAGCUAGGGUUUUAGGCAAACAUCAAGGUACUGUGCCUGCUAGACCAAAUGUACCUCCUGAGAUAUCAGCUGUGUCAACUGGUCCAGAACAGCUCAGUUCUGCCGAAAUGGAACGGCGAAUGAAAUUGCUACGAGAAGACAGUGAACUGCAGAAGUUACAUAAGAAGUUUGUGCUUGGUAAUAUUCUCCAAGAGUCUGAAUUUUGGGCAACAAGAAAGAAUUUACUUGACGAUGAAACAAACAAAGCAUCAAAACAAAAGCCAAGUUUCAAAAGUGCUAUGCUAGCUGAUGUUAGGCCAUCAGCUGAUGGACAGACAAACAAGGUUACUUUCAGUCUGACUACUGAGAUUAUCCAUCAGAUUUUUGCAGAAAAGCCAGCCGUGCAUCGGGCAUUUUUAGAUUAUGUCCCGAAGAAGUUGUCAGAAAAGGAUUUUUGGACAAAGUACUGUAGAGCUGAGUAUCUACUUAGAACAAAAAAUACUUUAGCGGCAAAAGCUGAGGCCGCUGAUGAUGAGGAAUUAGCCAUGUUUUUGAAAAAUGAUGAUAUACUUGCCAAGGAGGCAAAGCUCAAGAUAAAACGAGUUGAUCCAACAUUAGACAUGGAGGCAGAUGCAGGAGAUGACUACAUCCAUCUUCUGGAUCACGGGAUUCUCCGUGAUGGCAGCAGAGACACAACUGAUACUGAUAGCGAGUUGGCUAGGAGAACACUUUCUCAGGAUCUGAAUCGGCAUGCUGCUGUUGUUCUUGAAGGGAGAUCAACAGAUAUUGAAUCAACUGAUACGAAGACUGUGGCUGAAGCACUUGCACGGUCCAAGAAGGAACCACCUCCUAGCUCUGUUGCUGAUGAUGCUAGUCAUGAGAGAUUGGUAAAGGUGGCCCGCAUGACUGAGAUAGAGGAUCUGCAAGCUCCACGAAGUCUCCCAUACGCUCCACUUUGUAUAAAGGAUCCUCGAGAAUAUUUUGAUUCUCAGCAAGCCAAUGCUCUGAGACCUUUAGGUAGCAACGAUGGAAGAAAGGCCCGCAGCUGCAGCCUGAGCACCGAUGAUACAUUCUGUCAUUUAAUGGAUCAAAUAUCUUCCGUGAAAAUGAACUGUCCGGUUGUUCAGUCAGAUGUUGCUCUAAAGGUAAGCAGUUUUACUUGAGACCUGAUACCAAUGUUCGGUAGUCAACUUUCAGGGAUUAGGUCCUGUUUCCUUGAAAGAUGCAUGUCUGUAGAUAUAUCUGACUUACUCCCUCCAUUCGAAUGAAUAAGACCAAUCAAAUGUGGGUUAUAUAAAAAAUUGUACUCCCUCCAUUCGAAUAAAUCUGGGAGUGGUUUUAGAAAAACUGGUUGAAAUGGUUUGGUUUUUUAUUAUGGGCUUGACUGGUUUAGGUUUUAUUGGGCUGAGGCUUUCUUUAGUUCGGUUUGGUUUGGGUUUGGAGAGAAACCAGUUUGGGUUAGUUGGUUAUGGGCUGAAACCGUUUGAUGUAUUAUGGGCUAUAAACUGUGGGUACAACCCGGUUCUCUGUAUGGGUUCAUUGCCUUCGACUGCUCCCCAACCCACGCGCCGCCCGUCUUCGCCCUCGCCGCCGCCCGCACGCCCCCCUGUCUCUUCCCCCUCGCCGUCCCUUCCUUGCGCCACCGCCUCGCCGUCCCCCUCCGGCGCCGCCCCCUCCUUGGGACAGAAGAUCCAGCAUGAGCUACCCCGAGCUGGCCCUCCCAUCGUUGCCGCCGCCCCUCCCCGUCCGUUAGGGUUGAGGUCGCCGGGCCGUCUCCGCAGCGCCACCUUCCCUCCGCCGGCAGCCGACAGGUCCUGCUCCUCCCGUGGCAAGCCGGCAAGGUGCCCCUGCUGGUCCCCUCCUCGUCUGCAACAACAACAGCAGCAACCAGAAAUGCCACGUCAAGAACAAGGAUAUCGGGAAGUUCUUGGAUGGUAUCUACGUCAGCGACAAGGGCGCCAUCAAGGAGGAGUAGAGUGCGAAAACCGUCCUAGAAGCCGUGUUUCGGCUUGCCGUGUUUCAUUGUCUUUGUGUCGUUGUCAUGAUUUUGAACUUUCUCUAGACUGAAUUUUGUAGUGGAGUUAAUUGUUAGGAAUGUGCCAUGGACCAUGUUAUCUUUAUUAUCCUGCAUAUUGUCACCGCAUGAAUCGGUACGACGCUUGACUUGAAAGUAUUUGAGGUUAAAACAGGACAUGGA